AGCCGCUCCGGGAUUCUGCGGGGCCCGCGGUUUGACGGCCACUUCGCCGGCCGGAGCACCGGGAUUCUCAACUCCGAAGUCCUUGCUGCCUCCAGCACAACACUUUCCACUUUGGGAACCUUCGUCUAAAUGAUGACAGUGUGCUGGGGUCAGCCGGCGUGGACAAGGAUGGGUUGCACUGCAGAUUUGCCAUGCGGACAAAAGAUUUGCGGUCCAAUAUAAGGCCUGCCCCCGUGGCUGCCAUGUGUUUCUGAAGAAAAAAGAGACGAACCUAUACAUGUCGACCCUCUUUUGUCUGAGACACAUACAAAGUUGAACAUUCAUUCCACGACAGCAACACUUACAUCGGGAACCACAUCGACGAAGAGAAGAUACUCGCUUACAGACAAACGCCUCUGUCAUGUCUUCGCCCACGGAGCAGUCGCCGCCCUCCUCCCCAGCGGCGGCAGACCGCAAACGCCGCUCCCGCGCCGCAUCUACAUACACAAUCCCUCGCGCACCCCCCGCCGUAGGCCGCUACCGCGAUGGCGGCACACAGACUGAGCGCAACAGCGACAUCUCGCCCGCGCUCACCAUCGCAGAGACCCUCUACGCCGAGGGCUCACAUGCUGACGACGCCCCCAAGUCGAAGCAGCUCGACGAGGAAACAUACAACAUCCUCAACCGCCCUGCCACAAAGAGCUCCCCAACUCGCCCGUCUACUUCCCGCAAAGUAUCUGUCGACGGCAAACGCAUGUCGCUGAUUAAACGUAUGAGCGGACUUACAGAACGCAUCGCCGGCCCGGAUGACGAUGUGCCCCCGAUGCCGCCUGCUUUCCGCAUGGUCGAUGGCUCCAUCUUUAUUGAUUUCUCGCCGAACCCGCGCUUGUCGUUCCGUGCGGACUUGGACAAGUUUGGGCCCGUGCAGGAGGUAAAUGGUGAGCAGUCGGACAUGGAGAUUAUGACGAGCAGAGGAGGUACGGCGGGGGGCGAACUGACUGAUUCGGAUGAGAAGAUGCCAGAGAUGAAGAAGCCGGAGACGGCGUACAUUGAGGGCUGGAAGCUGUGGAGUGUCAUGUUGUCGCUGACGGCGGCUAGUUUCUUGAUUUUGCUGGAUAACUCGAUUGUGGUGACGGCUAUUCCUAAGAUUACGUCCGACUUUCACUCGCUGGGAGAUAUUGGAUGGUAUGGUAGUGCGUACAGUUUGACGAGUGGUUGCUUGCAGCCGCUGACUGGUAAGCUUUACACGUAUUUGCAUGCAAAGUGGCUUUUCCUCGGAUUCUUUGUGCUGUUUGAAGUCGGUUCUCUCAUUUGCGGUCUCUCCACUUCGUCUGCCAUCUUCAUUGUGGGCAGAGUCAUUGCUGGUCUCGGCGCUUCAGGUAUUCAAAAUGGCAGCAUGACUAUUCUUGCUGGUAGCGCGCCGCUGGAAAAGAGACCGAUGCUUUCGGGUAUCAUGAUGGGUAUCUGCCAACUUGGUCUCGUCGUUGGUCCCUUGAUUGGUGGUGCCUUUACCCAAUAUUCCACUUGGCGAUGGUGCUUCUACCUUAACCUCCCCGUUGGUGCUAUUGUCGCGCUGUGCCUUGGCAUCAUCAAGGUUCCCGACUACCGUGCCCAGCAAGAAGUUCACCCAGGCCCUCUCACUCUCAAGAAGCUCGAUCUUCCGGGCUUCGCCAUCUUCAUCCCCUUCUCCAUCAUGAUGCUGCUUGCUCUUCAAUGGGGCGGCAACGAGCAUGAAUGGAACUCGCCCACCAUUAUCGGUCUUCUCGUCGGUGCCAUGGCCAACUUUGCCAUCUUCGCCGCUUGGGAGUACCGUGCUGGCCAUGGCGCCAUGAUUCCGUUCCCCGUUCUCAGAAUUCGCCAGAUUUGGAGCUCGUGCCUUACAGUCUUGGUCCUGGUUGCAUCCGUUAUUUGCACAGCUUACUACCUUGCAAUCUACUUCCAGACCGCACGCGAUGCCUCGCCCUUCCAGGGUGGUGUGAACAUGGUUCCUGGUAUUCUUGCUCAGCUUCUCUCCGCCGUCUUUGCUGGUGGCUUCAUUGAAAGUGCUGGCUACUAUCUCCCCUUUGCUCUUUUCGGCGGCAUGCUCGCUACCGUUGGUAACGGCUUGCUCAGUAGUCUGCAGACUGACACAUCGACUGUCAAAUGGGCUGCUUUCCAAGUCAUCUCGGGUCUUGGUCGUGGUAUGGCUUUCCAGGUGCCCUACUUGGCGACCCAGGCCCACGCUCCUCCCGCGCAAUUGUCUGUCGCGAUUGCUAUGCUCACCUUCUGCCAGACAUUUGGUACUGCCGUCUUCCUGAGCAUCUCCAACGCCCUGUUUAACAACAAGCUACGAUCUGAGCUUCAGUCUCUGCUGCCGACACUCAAUGCCGAGGACAUUAUCCAUGCUGGUGCCGCUGGUGUGAAGGAUGCUGUUCCCAAGGAGAGUCUGCCUACAGCUCUGGUGGCAUACGUUCACAGUUACCAAACUGUCAUGUACCUGGUUGUAGCACUGUCUGGUUUCGCUGUCAUCUGCUCCUUGGGCAUGGGAUGGACCGAUAUCCGCCCCAAGAAGCCCAUUGUAGAGGAAGAGAGCCAGACAACAGAGGAGAUCAAGGAGAAGGGCUCCGAGGAGGAGGAGGAGGCAAAGGAGUAGUUUUUUAUCUGCGUAUUUUCUUAUAGGGCGUUUCCUUCUUUUUUGAUCUGUUUAUUUUGAGGCAGCG